AUAAAACUUAUUCUGUAUAGCCAGGUGAGUUCCAAAGUGCAGGAGGCUGCGGCACAGAGAGCGGAGGAGCCACUUGCUGGCAAUCAGCCCACAGAGAGGAGGGAGACAAAAUGUCGGCUUUCUUUAUACGGUUGUACAAGGACUCGGAUUACGAAGUGGCCAGGCAGUUGUUUGUCUCGGGAACCGCCGAACAUACGAGUGAAGCCUUCAGACACGCAAUACGACAGCCCCACGUCUGGCCUCUAUUGGUGGCUCUCCUCGUCCUUCCAGCAUUGGACAUCGUGUCCUUUACCACCUCCAUCUGUGCCGUGACCCUCAUCGUGGGUUUCUUGUGGUUCGCGGCCUGGCGUAUGUACCGCAAUUAUAUCCGCCUGUGCUUUCACGACGACCUUCUGGACAUAAGGAAGUACUACCUGGAACAAGAUGGCUGCUGCUUCUGGGUGGCGGAGUCCGGGGGACAGGUGGUCGGGACGGUGGCCGCCGCUCCUUCUCCAUUCCCCGGAGGAGAAAAGCACCUGGAGCUGAAACGUCUUUCGGUGCGCGAAAGCCACCGGGGGAGAGGGAUCGCCAAAGCCUUGUGUAGGACUAUGAUCGACUUUGCCCGGCGGCGGAGGGGCUGCGAGGCGGUGGUUUUGACGACCAGUUUAGCCCAGAAAGAUGCCCGGAAAAUGUACGAGAAAAUGGGAUUCCGACUGACGCACACUUUUUAUCGUCCGAAACCUUUCACGAAACUGCUGGACUUCAAAAUCUUGUUCUACCAGUUGGACAUCCCAGAACUCCAGUGACCCAACUGGACCCAACAAGAGCCAUGGAACCAAACCAGAUCUGUAGGCCUUGUAUUCAACGCUAGUCAAGUCUAAUAAAUAUCUUAUUGUGGUUUUCCUCUAUAAUCUCUUCAUGUAUAGAUGUACACGUGUUCUGGAAAAUACCAACUGAACGCUCCAAACCAACGGGGCACACAUAGAAGGUGGGGGGCAUUCUACUGGCACCAUUAUAUACACUUACUCCUCCAAUACCUGGGUAAAGUUUGACUCUUGAACCUCCCCAUAGUGGGAGAUAGGGCUGGACUAUGACCAAAAUUUGACUUCACAUCAGAGUGUCCCCAUCAGCACCCCUUGCAUCACAGUGUCCCCAUC